AUGGCAACUUGGUUCCAGAAGGAGAUCGUGCUUUCUGCGCCCAGCCGCGGCUUCCACCUGGUGACCCGCGAGGUCGAGAAGCAGCUGCCAGAGUUGUCGCGUGUGAAAGUUGGCAUGGCCAAUCUGUUCAUCAAGCACACGUCUGCGUCGCUCAGUAUCAACGAGAACUGUGACCCGGACGUGCGUACCGACAUGGAGGGUGCGUUCAACCGCAUCGUACCCGAGUCCUGGAACAAGGAGUUUUUCCGUCACACGGAUGAAGGCGAUGACGACAUGCCUGGACACAUUAAAUCGACUCUAAUUGGUGCGUCAGUGAACAUCCCGAUCACAAACGGCAAAUUCAACCUUGGAACGUGGCAAGGCAUCUAUUUGUGCGAGCACCGCAACGUUGGCGGCUGGGGCUCUGGCCACCAGCGUAAAGUGGUUGUCACCAUCCAGGGCUCCACGGCUUAA